GAGCUCGCGCGAGGACGUGCCGCAGCGCCGCCUGUCGAUCACCUUGCCCCGCCCCACGUCGGCGCGCCCCCGGGCAAGCUCCUCCCCCAGUCCUGGCCGAGCGGGAAGCGAACGCGCGCUCUCUCCGGUUACCUUCCGCCUCGGGGAAGGGCGGGGGAAGUGGAAGCGCGCGCUCGCGAGCUGCGUGCUCGCGUACGUCGCCGGGGUUCGGCUGCGUCCGUCCCGCCGCCCGCCCGUUGCCGCCGCCGCCGCUGCCGCCGUGCUCUCGCUUUGCCCGCCGCCGCCUGAGGGGGGCUGGGGCCGGGGCCAGCCAUCACUGCCGUUGCCGGGAUGCCGCGGGUGUACAUCGGCCGCCUGAGCUACCAGGCCCGGGAGCGCGAUGUGGAGCGCUUCUUUAAGGGCUACGGGAAGAUCCUGGAGGUGGAUCUGAAGAACGGAUAUGGUUUUGUGGAGUUUGAUGAUCUGCGUGAUGCAGAUGAUGCUGUUUAUGAACUGAAUGGCAAAGACCUUUGUGGUGAGCGAGUAAUUGUUGAGCAUGCCCGCGGCCCACGGCGAGAUGGCAGUUACGGUUCUGGACGCAGUGGAUAUGGUUAUAGAAGAAGUGGCCGAGAUAAAUAUGGCCCUCCUACUCGCACAGAGUACAGACUUAUUGUGGAGAAUUUGUCAAGUCGGUGCAGCUGGCAAGACCUAAAGGAUUAUAUGCGUCAGGCAGGAGAAGUGACUUAUGCAGAUGCUCACAAGGGACGCAAAAAUGAAGGGGUGAUUGAAUUUGUAUCUUAUUCUGAUAUGAAAAGAGCUUUGGAAAAGUUGGAUGGAACUGAAGUCAAUGGGAGAAAAAUCAGAUUAGUUGAAGACAAGCCAGGUUCCAGACGACGCCGGUCCUACUCCAGAAGCCGGAGUCAUUCAAGGUCUCGCUCUCGAAGCAGACAUUCCCGUAAGAGCAGAAGCCGAAGUGGCAGCAGCAAAAGCAGUCAUUCUAAGAGUAGAUCCCGGUCCAGGUCGGGCUCCCGCUCCCGGAGCAAGAGCCGGAGCCGGAGCCAGAGUCGGAGCCGGAGCAAGAAAGAGAAAAGCAGGAGCCCCAGCAAGGACAAGAGCCGCAGCCGCAGCCAUAGCGCUGGCAAGAGCCGCAGCAAGAGCAAAGACCAAGCUGAAGAGAAGAUCCAAAACAAUGACAAUGUCGGGAAACCCAAGAGCCGGAGUCCUAGCAGGCAUAAAAGUAAGAGCAAAAGUCGGAGCAGGAGUCAGGAGAGGAGAGUGGAGGAGGAGAAGCGAGGGAGUGUGAGCAGGGGCAGGAGCCAGGAGAAGAGCCUCCGCCAGAGUCGGAGCCGGAGCAGGAGCAAAGGGGGCAGCAGGAGCCGGAGCAGGAGCCGCAGCAAGAGCAAGGACAAGAGGAAGGGCAGGAAGAGAAGCAGAGAGGAGAGCCGCAGUCGCAGUCGCAGCCGCAGCAAGAGUGAGAGGAGCAGAAAGCGAGGCAGCAAGCGAGACAGCAAGGCGGGCAGCAGCAAGAAGAAGAAGAAGGAAGACACUGACCGCUCCCAGUCCAGAUCUCCAUCCCGCUCCGUGUCAAAGGAGCGGGAACAUGCCAAGUCUGAAUCCAGCCAGAGGGAAGGUCGAGGAGAGAGUGAGAAUGCUGGCACCAAUCAGGAGACCCGGUCCAGGUCGAGAUCCAAUUCCAAAUCGAAACCAAACCUUCCAUCAGAAUCACGCUCCAGAUCAAAGUCAGCUUCAAAAACCCGAUCUCGGUCCAAGUCUAGAUCCAGGUCUGCUUCCAGAUCGCCCUCCCGAUCUAGAUCUAGGUCCCACUCAAGGUCCUAACUGGCUAUGGCCACAGCUGGAACUACCCGAGAAGUCUUUUGUACAUGUUUGGUAGCCGUAGCACAAGUGAUUGGAGUAGAACAUGUCACUGCUGUACAUUUUUAACUCCCCUAAUGGUGUGUCUAUAAUUGUUAAAUCUAAGUGCUUCCUCUCAGUAAAGCCUCCUGGCACCAGGCCUUCCUGCUCGACUGAAAAAAAUUUUCUCUUUGAAAAUCCCCUUUUACUCAUGGCCCACAGUAGAAUAUCCAAAACGCCUUGGCUUUCAGGCCUGGCCUUUCCUACAGGGAGCUCAGUAACCUGGACGGCUCUAAGGCUGGAAUGACCACAUAGGUAGGUAUGGUGAAUUCAACCAUUUUUGCUCUUGAAUUGAUGCCCUUCGAUGUAUGCCAUUUAGUGAAAGUGCUAAGUCUUAAGUUUCCUACCACUUUGGUUUCAUAUUUUUGGACUUAACAAAGUUGUGAAUAGCACAGUCGAGGAAAAUUGAUACCUGCAGUAACCCAUAGGAAAUAAACUGUAGAGUUCCAUAUUCUGGUAUUGUGAUUAUAUUGUUUUAUAUUAAAAAAGAAAAGAAAAGAAUUUUUUUUAAUUUUAUUUUUCCCCGUCUUGCAAAGUAUAGUGACCCCUGUUUCCAUUAAAUUUGAAUAAAGACUAUUUUUGCUUGACAAAA